AUUUACAUUAGUCAAUGAAUAAUAAUGGCAUCUACUAAAAACGAGUUGGUGACAAUGUGGAGCACUUGCCUUUUAUUUUUUUCAUUUUGUUUUAUGACCUGCAAUGGUCACGGGAGACUGAUUGACCCGCCAGGUAGAGCGUCAGCGUGGCGCUUUGGAUUUAAGACUCCACCGGACUAUAAUGAUCAUGAACUAUACUGUGGGGGCUUUACCCGACAGUGGAAAAGAAAUGGAGGUAAAUGUGGAGAAUGCGGAGACGCUUGGGAUAUUCCGGAACCGCGACCCCAUGAAUUUGGAGGCCAAUGGGGACAAGGCUUAAUUGUGCGGAGUUAUGAGCCUGGAUCCAAUAUGACAAUUCGUGUAGAGUUGACUGCAAGUCAUAUGGGAUAUUUUGAGUUUCGUCUUUGUCCAAAUCGAAUCGCAAAACAGUCAUGCUUUGAUCAAAAUUUAUUGCGAAUAAUUGAUGGCUUUCCUUCUCAACCAAUUUCUUCAGACCUAGAUAUUCGCUUUUACCCACGAAACGGCAGUCGAAUAUAUGAAAUUCAGGCACGAUUACCUGAACUUACAUGUGACCAAUGUGUUCUUCAAUGGCGGUAUGUUGCGGGAAAUAAUUGGGGCAUAUGUAGCGAUGGUAAUGAAGCCAUUGGAUGUGGCCCACAAGAAGAAUUUCGUUCGUGUUCAGAUAUUUCCUUGACUUCAGACUGGCGUAUUCCUAAAAGACCUCUGAACUUAAGGCCUACACCACCUAGUAAAAUACCUACGGCCACAAUACAGAAUAAAACAUUUAAGAACUCUUUAGUUUUUGUAGUAGUAGUGAUUUUGUUUUUUUUUUUGUGUGCUUUAAUACGAUACACAUUCAUAAUAAAUAAUGAAUGUUGUACUAAAAAUAGUAUUACAAAGUUUAAGAAAUAUGUCUUAAUUUGGAAUUCAACUUAAAAAUCAUUACUUGAAUGCAACAUGUUUCAAAUAAAUUACAAUCCUAAAGAUUUUAAAUUAUGUAACCACCAAUUUGUCUUCCGCGAUCUAUUGUAUAAAGUACAAUUUUGAAAAAGAAACAUUCAUAUUUUAAUAGCAUUAAAAAUAUUAACAUUUUCUUAUUUUAACCUGUUCGUAUAAAUGCCAUUUGCUAAUAUUUGUUUUGUUCGUCAACAACUAAUUAUGAAAAAGAAGCCAACGGGGAUUAAAGCUUUUAUCUGCCCGAGUUUAAGGUGUAAAGAGCCAUUAUCAGAGCAGCUGUCUUCGGCUU